AUGGAUAUUGAUGAUCCGAGGCAACCACUAUUGGGUUGCCGACCCACUAAUAGAUGGCGUGAUGCAGCCAAUAGGCUUUGUAACUUAGAAUCGUGGAAGCGGCGGUUGCCGAUCACAAUUUGGUUGCCAAAAUAUUCACUAGAUUAUCUACUGAGGGAUGCGAUUGCGGGUAUAACAGUGGGUUUGACGUCUAUCCCGCAAGGCAUAGCCUACGCUAUGUUAGCUGGCUUGCCGCCCCAGGUAGGAUUAUACUCAAGUAUAUUCCCAGGCAUAGUGUACGCUUUCUUCGGAAGCUGUAAGGAUGUAACAGUUGGCCCUACGGCCAUAUUAGCAGCCCUUUUAGCUAAAUAUGUCGCACAGUCGCCAGAUUUCGCGUAUCUCGCUGCUUUCCUAUCGGGAUUUCUUAUUUUGUUACUGGGAAUACUUCAAUUGGGUUUCUUGCUGGAUUUUAUAUCGAAACCGGUAAUAAGUGGUUUCACGACGGCCGCUGCGCUACAAAUAGGAGCUUCACAGCUAAAGUCUUUGUUCAGAGUGACUGGCUCAUCUGGUGGGACAUUUAUAAAAUCAUUGAUAAGUUUCUUCGAAAACAUAAAAACCGUUCAACUAUGGGACACGUUGCUUGGAGUUUUUACUAUUGUAUCUCUAUUGUUACUAAAGCGUACAACAAUAAACACACAAGAUUCAGACAGCCGCAGCAGAGCGAUGUUCGCCAAGAGCUGGGUGUACGUGGUGCGCGCGCGGAACGCGCUGGUCGUGUUUGCGGGUUUGAUUCUGGCUUACUGUUUGUACUUGUAUGGGAUCACGCCGUUUGCUCUUACAGGUAAAAUCCACGGUGGUCUCCCAAAAUUCGGUCUGCCGCCAUUUUCAACGGUUGUUAACAACCAAACUCUGAACUUCGGGCAAAUGUUGCAAGUGUUCGGUCCGGAAGGGUUCGCGAUGCCGCUCGUCGCGAUAUUGGAAAGCAUAGCAAUUGCUAAAGCAUUCGCGCACGGGUCCACGGUGGACGCGACGCAGGAGAUGAUUGCAAUCGGCGCGGGCAGCGUGGCGGCGGCGCUGGCGCAGGGCAUGCCCGCCGCCGGCUCCUUCACGCGCACCGCGCUCAACCACGCCAGCGGCGUCGUCACACCCGCCGGCUGCCUCUUCAAAGCGGGCAUAGUGCUGUUGGCAGUGACUCUGCUGGCGGAGGCGUUCUACUUCAUCCCGCGCGCGACGCUCGCCGCCAUCAUCAUGGUGGCCAUGAUGUCCUUGAUAGAGUUCGGGAUUGUGAAAAAGCUAUGGCUUAGCAGUAAAGCGGAACUAGCAAUAUGGGUGUUAACACUGUGCGUGGGAGUGGGCGUGGGGCUGGAGUACGGCAUCGCGGCGGGCGCGGCGGCGGACGCGCUGCGCGCGCUCACUGCCGCUGCGCGCCCACCGUUGGGCAUUCGCCGGUGUAAGAUCGGCAGCCAGGACGUGACCAUUAUCCAGCUACAAGGCGUGCUGAGCUACGCAUGCGCGGAAUACGUGCCGCUGGCGUUGCGCCGCGCACACACCGCCUUGGUGGUUCUGGACGCCGGGUACUUGCGGCGCGCUGACAUAGGGGUUGUAGAGAACCUAAUAACAAUGAUAUUGGAAUUGGAGAAACAAAAGCACACUUUCUUAUUAUGGAACUUCGAUGCAAAACAUCAAAGACUGUUCGAAAGCCUGGAGCCGCAAAUGGCGACGAAGUUCGUUUCCGGACCCGACAUAGAAUUGUAUAUUACAGGUUUAAAUGAAAGAAGAGACUCUUCAUUAGCGUCUGUGAUG